UCUCUCUCUCUGAAUUCUCUAACUUCCUUUCCUGAGAUAUACAGCCCUGACUUUUCUAUUUUUUACAUCAUCCGAUCCAUUCCAUCAGUCUCAGACCUUCUCCUGCCUCUCUCAGAGUCCCAGGCCAUCCAGUUGUAGCUACUUACCAACGUGCGCAGCUCCACAUCAGCCAUGGGCGUACUGCGCCACCGCCGCCACCAUCACCAUUCUACCCUCCUCACAGCCUUGGUUUUCAUCUUCCUCAUCACCUCAGCCUCCGCCAUACGUACUACUCCAACCCAUCUCGGUGAGCAACACGAAGAGAGCAAAGUAAAUAGUCGUUCUUCGAAAUCGGAAGAUGAGACUGUGGCCGAGAAGAGACUGGGAGGGCCCGGCUCUGCGCCGCCGCGAUGUAGAUCCAAAUGUGGAAGAUGCUCGCCGUGCAAGGCGGUCCACGUCCCCAUUCAGCCAGGUCUGAGCAUACCUCUCGAGUAUUAUCCAGAAGCUUGGCGCUGCAAGUGCGGCAAUAAGCUCUUCAUGCCUUGAUCUUUGAUUUUUAGUUAGCUAGCUACGUACUAAUUAGUCACAGAGAUUAGAGAUGGAGGGUGAGCUAGUAACUUCUGUAGAAAAAUCAAAUCUAGCUAGCUC